CAGAUGACGUUUGCGAAAGAUUUUGCCUACUAUGGUGCUAUGGGACCCGAUCACUGGGGUGAGCAGUAUAGUACGUGCAGUGGCAAACAUCAGAGUCCAAUCAACAUCGAUUCGCUUAAUGUGAUUCGGCGCACCUUCCCGCAACCACUCAAAUUCCAAUGGUUUCAAUUGACGCCCAAAAAUGCUGAAAUCCUAAAUAACGGACACACUGUGGUGGUGCGCCUUGAAUACAAAGACGAACGUCCAACCAUAUCUGGUGGUCCACUUGAUGGUUCGUUCGCUUUCGAGCAACUGCACUUUCACUGGGGCGAUAAUGAUACCGUCGGUAGCGAGGAUCGCAUAAAUAAUGUCUCAUUCCCCGCAGAGUUGCAUAUGGUUUUUAGAAAUACGAAGUAUCAAACAUUUGGCGAAGCGGCAAAGCAUAGUAAUGGUGUGGCAGUUUUGGCAUAUUUUUACAAAAUAACAGAAGAUGAUAAUUCUGAUUAUACCGAAUUCACUGAGCUGCUACAGCAUGUCAUCAAACCAAAUUCGGUAGCCAAGUUCGUCGAUCCGCCAAAUCUAUGGGAUUUCGUAAACGUCUAUAUGGAGUAUUAUACCUAUGUAGGAUCGUUAACCACGCCGCCUUGCAGUGAGGAUGUGACUUGGAUUGAUUUUAAGGAACCAGUUGGCAUAUCAACCAAACAGAUUGAGCAUUUUCGACGCCUGCACUCGCACGAAAACACGCCAUUGACUCACAAUUUCCGUCCACUGCAGCCGCUCAAUGAUCGCACCGUCUUUUACUCGCUUCCAGUACCGGACCUCGAUGACCCCGCCAUGGAUGCAAAUAGUGCAAUACCCUUUGUUGAUAAUUUGGCUGGUGGCGCAUCCAUGCGGAAGCCUAUUGAAAUCAAUUUCAUGGUCAUAAUGCUGAUAUUAACUAGUUUAAUAACCACAACAAAGGCAGCGGCAUGUUUAGCUUAAGUAAGCAAAGAAAAUACUUAGUUAGAUAUUGUAAUAUGAAGUGGCUUGUAUUGCCUAUUAAUUUCAUGGUUAUUAUGUACUUGUCCAUUUGGUCGAUUUUUAUGGCCUAUAUGUAAGCCAUAUGUAUGUAUGUGCAUAUGUGCGUAUAUUAGAGAACGCGUACCACGCGUAAAAACAUAAUUUAA